CGAACACUCUCCCUCCCCCCUCCCCCCUCCGCCUUUCCCUCCUUUUGGGUGCGCCCAGAUUUCUCUCCCGCACGAUUAUAAAAAGGGAACACAAGGUCUUGCCUGACAUGAGCCCGCUGGUCUCUCAAUUCUCUUCCUCUCUCAUCCGAUCCGACACACCACAUUCUGGCCCUUCACGUCCUCCGUGUGUGUCCAGCGUCAAGUAAUCAUCCUCACCACUACCCUGGCUGACUGACUUGUUGUAAACGCCCUCACCCCCUUUAUCCCUCCCCAUAUCCUUAUUAUAUAUCCCCCGGGGCAACAGCCCGCAAGCACCAACGAUGGCCUCAUCCCCCACCGUCGACAUCACGGCCCGCUGCCUCUGCAAGGCCCGCUCCAUCACCGCCUCCGUCCCGGCCUCGUCCCUGCCCCUCGCGGGCACCUACUGCCACUGCACCUCGUGCCGGCACAUGACGGGCGCCCUGCACUCGUCGAGCGUCAAGUGGCCCGCGGGCGGCGGCGACGACGGCGAGGGAAACGCCGCCGUGCGCGCCCUCGGCCUCCGCGAGUACGACUUCUCCCCGCGCCUCAAGAUCCUCUUCUGCGGCGACUGCGGCACCCCCAUGUUCUGGGACGACGGCGAGCAGUCCGCGUCGCCGUCGCUGGACGCCGCCGGUGGUGAUGGUGGUGGUGCUACCGGCGGCGGCGGCAACGGCGAUGGCGGCUUCGAGGCCUUCAUGGGCGUGCUGUCCAACAACGACGUGCCGGGCGGCCUGAUCCGCGUCAGGGACCACAUCUUUGUCGGCGACACGCUUGACGGCGGCGCGGCCGUCUGGAUGCGCCACCUCUUCGAUGACUCCUCCUCCUCCUCCGCCCCAGGUAGUGGUGAUGAUGAUGCCGUUGCUCCUCGAGCCAGCAGCCCGAUCCCAUGCUACGCCGGCUGGCGCGACAAGAGCGAGCCCGUCGACCCGGCCGCCAUGGCCGCCGCCGCGCAGGCAAGGGACCGCCCGGCUGCGACGGCGGCGACGCCCGACGACGACAUCAUCCCCGUGCACUGCCGCUGCCGGGGCGUCGAUCUCGUCCUGCGCCGUGCCGCCGCCGUCGACGACUUCUCCGCCGUCAAGGACGCCUCCCAACUGCCCUUCUUCGUCGACCCGGCCUCGCACAAGCUGCUCGCCGGUUUCGACGCCUGCGACUCGUGCCGCACCGCCUCGGGCGCCGCUGACAUUGUCAACUGGACCUUUACCCUGCUCAAGCACCUCGACUUUGCUCCGUCCGCCGCCUCCUCCUCCUCCUCCUCCUCCUCUGCACCCGGGGGUGGCGCGUCGCGCCCCUUCCCCGGCUCCUCGCUCGACCUCAAGGCCGCCGUCUCAGCUGCCCCCUCCGACCGCGACCCGCGCCUCGGCACCCUCGCCUACUACGCCAGCUCCCCCGACGUCCAGCGCUACUUUUGCUCCCGCUGCAGCGCCUCCGUCUUCUACGCCGUCGACGACCGCCCCGACAUGGUCGACCUCGCCGUCGGCCUGCUCGACGCCCCCGACGGCGCCCGCGCCGAGAGCGUCCUGUCCUGGGCCCUCGGGGACAUGAUCUUGACCGACGACCUCAAGGGCGGCUGGAGGGAGGAGCUCGGCCGCUCCAUCAAGAGAAACGCCGAGGACUGGCGGAUCAGCAGCGGCAGGCCCGUCCCGUGGGUGCGCAAGCUCAAGGAGCAGAAAAGCGCGCAGGAAAAGGCGGCGGCCGAUGCGGCCAAUGUCGCAGGAACGGCGUGAUGGGCGGGCCUCGGACACGAAUGCAGACUGAAAAGCAACUGGUGUACCAGACUGGAUGAUCAAAGGUAUAAGGAAAUUCUAUAGCCAACCACCGCAGAGACUGCAAAAUGUGAAGCCGCUAUGCACAUGCUUUAAGAAUGUCCUUGCGUGAUGCGCGCGCAGCCUUGCUCGAAGC